GCCUCCUAUAGCUGCUGCCAGGCCCCUAAUCUGCCAAUGGGCCCCCUAUACCGCCUCCUCAUGCUGCUGCCAGGCCCCUAAUCUGCCAUGGGCCCCAUACCGCCUCCUCAUAGCUUGCUGCCAGGUCCAGAGUCUCUCAUGGGUCCCCUGUACGGCCUCCCCAUUGCUGCUGUCUCCAUCGCCACACUCUGCCAUGUGCCACUUUCAGGUCUCCUCACACUGCUGGUGGUUUCCAUUUUUGUCAUAGGGUGCUGUAUGGCCUCCCAUUGCUGCUGCCGCUCCACCGCCACACUGUGGCUCCACACUCUGGUUUUGGCCCCGUGACUGCCCAAAUGAGUGAAGUGUCCGUGGAGUGUGGCGGUGAUUCUAAGAUCGACGGCACUCAUCUGCAUGUCCAUAGACUGACUGUCAGUAUUAUUUUCUCUUCUCCAACAGACUCCAAGGGCAUUUAAAUUAAAGGUACAGUGUUCUGCACUAAUAUAA